AAUUUCCAAAUGGGUGGGGAUGACGACCCCUUAUUGUGCACCCUGCUAUGCGUUUAUGCCUUGUGUUUGAUAAUCUUGAGAACAAGAAACCUAGACGUUGUUCCGGUUGCAUUAUAGUCCAUUCAAGCAUUGUGUCCAAAAUAACCAAUUAAGUGUACCCUUUCUUUUUUGUUUUUAUCACCAAACCAAUCUUAUACCUCAUUCAUUGUCACAUAUUUAAGUCAUGUCCCAAGCAACCUCGUCUUCAGCUGGUGGGGGUGAUGGUGGUGCCAACAUUGAACUUGGUGCAACCUUACUCCUCACCACCACCGGCAACAGCAAGUACACCAGAAUAUGGCGUAGAAGUUUGUACAUAAGAUUCCUCAUCUCUGUCAAGAAGCCAACAACUUCCAUCGACAACCAUGAGUCGCCACCGUCACUACUUUCUUCAGUACCGUACACUUCAUUGCCUCCUGCUAGAACCUCCUCUUCCGUUGCAAUUGAUAUUAAAGAAGAAGAAACAGAAGAGCACAUUAGGAGAGAUAUUGCUCGAAUUGUAAAGGAGAAGGACUUGAGAUCUCUCGGUCUGCUUGGUGGCGUUGACUCUGUUUCCGCUGUCCUAUGUCGUCAACAUCAACACUCAAAGGGCAACACCACUAUACCAUUACCAGUUCUUGGAACAAACUUGUCCAAGUUUUUAUUCAACAGCUGCAAGGUCUACCGUUGCACAAUUCUGGUGAUGUUAAUCUCCGCUGGGUUGUCAUUCGCCAUAGGAUUCAAGCAGGAGGGACCUAAACAUGGUUGGCAUGAUGGUGUUGCUAUAGUUUUUGCUGUUUUACUACUGGUUGCAGUAACUUCAGUAGCAAACUUUUGGCGUGAGAGGAAAAUGUUGAAAUUGGCAAAGACAAAGGUCGAGUUGCAAUUCAGGGUUAAGAGAGGUGAAGAGACCCUAAUGGUUCCCAGAUCUAAUAUUGUGGUUGGUGACAGAGUAUGCCUGUGGCCAGGUGAUGAGAUUCCAGCAGACGGUUUGCUUGUAAGUGAUGGCAUCCUUUUGCUGGCUGAGCCUGAGGCAACAAAAAGCAAACAUGAUCCUAAGGGGAACCCGUUUCUUAUAUCUGGUUCAAAGGUGAUUGGGGGCCAGGGAAGGAUGGUGGUAACAUCAGUUGGAACCAACACCAAUUUGGCUGAAAGGAGGGGCUUGUUGGAGCGACUAAUCGAGAGGCCAAUUUCUUACAUUGACAUAGCUGCUCUUUUUAUCUCACUACUGGUUUUACUUGUGAUCUUCAUUCGCCUAAUUUCUGAAAAAGAUGGGAACAAUAGUGGGCUGCCUGAAAUGAAGGGGAAGGUCUCAAUUGGCUUGUUGAUGAAGGCACUUCAGAGAGCUUUCUUGAAACCACAAGGAACGGUUUCCACUUUAACACGUCUUGUCACUGUUGCAAUACUAUGCGUGCAGCAUGGAAUGCCACUUGUGGUCACAAUUUCUCUCAAGUACCAGAUGGAUAAGAUAGUUCCAAAGGAAGAUGCUGUUCUUAAUGAUUUAUCAGCUAGUACGACAAUGGGGUUGGUAACUGUCAUCUGCAUUGAUGUAUCAGGUGAGCUCAUAUCUAAACCAAUGGAGGUUAGCAAAGUAUUGAUCGGGCAGAAAGAUGUCAGCAUGGUUGAGGGAUCAGAAAUAGAUACAACUGCGCUUGACAUGCUUAAACAAGGAGUUGGUUUAUCAAUCCUUGCACCAGAGAUUUCUCUUUCCUCUUUGUCUAAUUCACUUGUUUCUUGGGCAGAAAAAACAUUGGAAGUGAACUUGAGAUCUUUCACAGAAGAGAAAUUUGACAUUCUUAAGCACAGCAAUCUGAAUUCUGGCAAAGAAGGCAGCGGAGUUUUGGUAAGAAAAAUUGGGGACAAUGAACAAGUUCUGUACAUGCACUGGAGUGGAGCUGCAUCCACAAUAUUGGAUAUGUGUUCACAGUACUAUGAUAGUACAGGGGAAUUCCAUGCAAUCAAAAACCAGAAGAUCAAAUUUGGGCAGGUGAUUGAAGAGAUGAAGGAUGGUGGCCUUGAGCCAAUUGCUUUUGCUUAUAGAGAAACAGAUGGAAAAGAACUUGAGAAAGGACUGAUCUUGUUAGGACUGAUAGGUCUCAAAUGCACUACUAGUCUAGAAUCCAUAAAAUCAGGUUUGGAAAAUCUGAAAAAAAAUGAUGCAAAUAUACAGAUCAAACUGGUCUCGGAGGAUGGCAUCAUGGAAGUGAAAGGCAUAGCUUGUGGACUAGGACUAGAAUAUGAUAAUGUGCUUGAAGGAAAAGAGCUUCGGGAUUUGAAUGGGGAAGCUAGAUUAGACAAAGUGGAUCAAGCCCAUGUAAUGGGAAGCUUCCAUCCUAAAGACAAACUUCUCAUGAUACAGUGCUUGCAAGAGAAAGGUAAGGUGGUUGCAUUCAUUGGAACAAGGUUGAUGACUAAUCAUUCUUCAGUUCUGAAGGUAGCUGAUGUGGGGAUAGUUUUUGAUCCUCUGAGAACAAUAGUGGAUAUAGAUAGUUGUGACAUAACAAUCAAAUUUUUCAGUGUAUUGGAACCAAUUGUGAUGGCUGGCAGAAGUCAAUACCGCAAUAUUCAGAAGUUCAUUCAACUUCAGCUGACAUGCACCAUAUCAGGGUUAGUCAUAACCUUGAUUACAACAUGUACUGGAGAUUCCCCCCUUGCAGCAUCCCAGUUAAUUUGGGUGAAUGUCUUGAUGUGCAUUCUGGGUGGCCUAAUGAUGGUAUUGAAGCUAACCGGCGAGGAGGAACAGAUUGCUAAACAACCAUCUGAUCAUAGGAACCAACAUAUUGUAACCAAAGAAAUCUGGAAAAACGUUGUUAUUCAGGUUUUAUAUCAGACUUCUGUGUCAAUGAUACUUGAGUUCGGUGGAGAUGUUACUGACAAGGAAAAAAAGGUUAGGGAAACCAUGAUCUUCAACACAUUCCUAUUUUGCCAACUCUGCAAUUUUCUCAACUACCAGGUUUUGAAGAUGGUUGUUCAGAGCUUCUAUUUCUUGGUGGCCUUAGGUGGUUGUUUUCUUAUGCAAGUGCUGGUGAUUGAGUAUGCUAAAGGCCUAGCAGAUUGCAUGCGGCUGAAUGCUGCGAGAUGGGGUAUCUGUGUCUUGAUUGGUGCUCUUGCAUGCGUAUUUGAAUGGACGUUGAAGAAUAUUCUUCCAGUUAUUCUCAAUCCUAGCACCAACAUUGCUUCAGAAUCAAUUACUUCACCUUCGUUCUAUCUUUCUCCAGUAUUUCCAAUUCUGAUGUUCGUUCUGUUCCCUGUAGGACUAAUUUUUAGUCAAAUAGGCAUGAACAUGACAAUUCGUUAGUGCAGGCAGAUCAACUUGACACGCCCAACGACUUUAGUCAGUGUAUAAAUAAUGUUGCUGCAUAUGUAAUGUUAGUGUAUGCAUUCAUUUGUGGCAGCACCUUUCUUUGUAGUCAUUGUAGAAUAAUCAUUUACUUGUACUACCUAUAUGAAUGUAGAUAAGCUUCAUUGAUUCCCCAUCACUUCCCUGCAGUGAAUUAAUGUGAACGUUAGCGUUUCUAAUCUAUUAUUGUAUAUAUUUUCAGUAGAACUUGUUUAUGUCAAUGUCUCCAUAAGUCAA